AUGUCUGGGCAGACACCGUUGACGAUACGACAGGUUUCCGGCGCCGGUGCGGGCACUGAGCCGUCUUCGCGCUCCGGGUUCGGGCCCUCUACGGCCCUGGGUGCUUUGUUGGGCGCCCUGGUGCUUGUGUGGGCCGUCUACAAGUGCCUCGACGCCUCUCUUCUUCGCUUUCUCGUGGUGCCUCCACACAACUACCGGGACGCGAUCGCGCGCAGUCUCGAAAAGGGCGCCAUUCCAGACUCCGUCGUGGGCAUCAAGCGCGGCUCGUUCCGCAGAAGACUGGUUCUGGCGGCCCGCAAGCCGCAGCUGUACUCCACCAUGAAACUCAACGGAGACUCUCUGCCGACGUCAAAGCUGCGUCUGGCCAGAGUCGACAAGGACGACCCAGACUUUAUCGACCGUCUGCGUCCUGCCGACCCCAAAUCGAAACGCAGGCUCAUUUAUGGCUACUUCCACCCCUACAGCGACGCCAACGGCGGCGGCGAGCGAGUCCUCUGGGAGGCAGUGCACUACACGCUAAAACAGUCGGAACAGAAUCUGGUCGCGAUCUACACGUUCACGGCGUCGGACGACGUGUGUGUGAGCUCAGCUUUGCAAUCUGUGCGCUCAACGUUUGGAAUUGAUUUAUUUGCAGACGGCCUUAACGACCGCAUAAUUUUUAUUCAGCUCAACAACAGGUAUAAGUGGCUUAUCGACGGCGGGUCCUGGAAACAUUUCACAAUCAUUGGCCAGGCGCUGGGCUCUGUUUUCGUGUGUUUCAACAGUCUGACAAAACUCGUGCCCGACGUGUUCAUCGACACCCAGGGCCUGCCCUUCUGCUACCCGCUGGUGGCUCUCCUGCGUAUUCCGGUGGUGGCGUACGUGCACUAUCCGCUGAUCUCGGCUGACAUGCUCAACAAGCUGAGCUCGAAGAGCGUCUAUAACCUGGCCAAGUACCUCUAUUGGACCCUGAUGAUGAAACUGUACCAGCUGGCUGCCAAUUUUAUUGACUACACCCUGUGCAACUCGACAUGGACCUGCAACCACAUCCGCGCGAUCUGGGACGACAGCGCGCAAACGGGCUUGCGUAUUGUUUAUCCGCCAACCGGCAUCGACGAGUCCAAGAUCGCCGAUCCGCUGGGGGAAAAGGAGCGUGUUCUGCUGUACCUGGCGCAGUUCCGGCCAGAGAAGAGACACGGGCUCUUGCUGAAGGAGUUUGCAAGCUAUGCGAGAAACAGUUCUGAGCCGUUUAAAUUGGCGUUGAUCGGGUCAACAAGAUCCCAGCAGGACGAGCAGACGGUGCAGGAGCUGAAAGCGCUGGCGGAGCAGCUAGAUGUCUCUUCGCUGGUUGCUUUCGAGGUGAACGCUCCUCGCAAAACCGUCGACGAGUACCUGUCGCGGGCCGCUUUUGGGCUCAACGUCAUGUGGAACGAGCAUUUUGGCAUUUCUGUCGUCGAGUACAUGCUGAACGGCGCCAUUCCUAUAGUGCACGCCAGCGCUGGACCGUUGCUGGACAUUGUGCUGCCUGUUGAGAAGGACAAGGUUGUGGCGCCGGAAACCGAGCAUGCUACGCCGUCUGGCUUCUUUUUUGCCGACCCGUCGGAUCCCGACUACAAAGCAUCGUAUCCGUCUUUGAAUGAAGUGCUCCUAAAGGCUGACCGUCUAGAUAAGAACGAGGCGACCGCUAUUCGCAGAGCGGGCCAGCUGGUGGCGCAAACUAAGUUCGGAAAGGACGUCUUUGGGCGCGAAUGGACGCAGGUGGUGGCACAGGCCAAGAAGGCCGAGCUUGAGAAACGUCAGCAGAGAAACAAGGUGGAGAUGGUGUAUUGA